CCACACGGCACACAACCACCCCCACACACGACAGGUGGUCGGUUUACCCACGUCUUCACCUGAUCACCCUGAACAGUUGGUACAACUUUAAACCCUCAGUAGCCGGAUAGCACCCGAAUCAUCCCAAGAUGACGCCUGUCCUGAGCGAGACGCAGCUGAGACGGCUUGAGGAGCACAAGUACUCGAUGUCUGGCGUUUCUGUCACCGAAAGAGUUCUGGAGGUGUUGUGGUCCUGGCUGGUGCAGAAGCUGCCGAUGUGGGUCGCCCCAAACCUCCUUACUAUGGCCGGCUUCCUCAUCAACGUCGUGACGUCACUGCUGUUGAUCAUUUUCUACUCACCAACUGCCAAAGAGGAGGCCCCAGCCUGGGUGUACGCUGUGUGCGCUGUGGGCUGGUUCCUGUACCAGUGUCUGGACGGGAUGGACGGGAAGCAGGCCCGCCGAACCGGCAGCAGCACGCCGCUCGGGGAGCUGUUCGACCACGGCUCGGACGCCGUUUCAACAGUUCUGCUCUCCAUCGCUACGGCCUGCGCCAUGAAGCUGGGACAGACUCCGGACCUGAUGUUCUUCAUGAUCUUCCUCACCAUGUUCGUGUUCUACUGCACGCACUGGGAAUCUCACGUGUCAGGGACGGUCAAGUGUGAACUCAUUGAUGUCGUCGAAGCACAAAGCUUCUCCGUCAUAGUCCAAGCCCUUUCUGCACUGCUCGGCCCUUCAUUUUGGUACAAGUUCCCCCAGCCAAUUGUAGUCGCCGCCUUUUUCAGCAUUGUGGGUGCGUCGCUAUGGAAACUGCACGGCAACUUCCGGACGAUCCUGUCAGAAAAGGUUGGCACCGACAGCGGCGCGGCUGCGCUCCCUAGUGCCGAAUGCCCUGCGAUGCAGGACGGUCACCUGAAAAGUUCUGAAAAGGUGGCGGGUUUGGAGACUAAAAUGUUUUCGGAGAACUUUAGUAUCCUGUCUCCCGGCUUUGCGGGCUUGUUCCCUAUCGUCCUGGCCUGCAUCACCUACGGAACCUCCCCCGAACUGUUUCUGAACCAUCCCUGUCUCUACCUGCUCAUGUUCGGACUCGCCAUCGCGAAGGUCAACAACAAACUCAUCGUCGCACACAUCACAAAAAGUGAAAUGACGGCAUUGGACUCGUCCAUGGUCGGUCCGGGGGUGUUGUUUCUCAGCCAGUGCUGUGGCAGCUUCGUCAGCGGAUAUGCCGUGCUCUGGAUAUGUUUGAUAUUCGUGACCUGUGACCUGGUCCUGUACUGUUUUCUGGUGUGUACGGAAAUCUGCAGCCAUCUGGACAUCUACCCGUUCAGCAUCACCAGCAAACCGUCACAAACGUAACGAGACGGGAAACUGGGUCUCUCUGAGCUCAGCCGGGGAUGUUAUGAUGUAUGCGGGAAUCUCACUGUUCUUACAUUUUCAAUAUCACAAAGAAACGAGAAGAAGCCGAAUGUACGCAGUAGAAUACGAUCCUUGAGUAGUGUAGAUUCCGAGUUAUAUCAUUAUAUCAUGUUGCAUCAUUUAUUGUGACCUGUACUGAACCCAGUGGGUAUGUACAAUAAAGGUCUCCAUUCAUUCAUUGAUGUAGGUUAGACAUCCAGGUAAUAAGAGACGCCAAAAAGUAGUUACUCAAGCAACUGAAUAACUAUGGUUUUCAAAACCAUAUCCAGUUGCUUGAGUAACUACUUUUUGGCAUAUGCGGGCAUCGAUCUCACUGAAGUUUCGAAUAAAUUAACUCAGGGAUACACUAUGGACUUUCCAGACGACUACUCCGUGCACUGUAUUCGAUUGCUGAACAUUGUUUCUGAGCUUCUUUUAUGUGUGCAUCACUUGUACAUGGUAGUUCAUGGUGUCCAUGGAGUUUUAGAGCGGUCUGCCGCCGAAAUGCCAAAAUACACUAGAAUACAUAUAAUGAACGAGGAACUCUACCGGAAUACAGUAUGUUUUGAUAAGUAAACAGAUUUCUGCAGUAUUUACUCAUCUAAGUAUACUGUAUUUUGUUAUAUUUUCUCCUUCUUUAUGCGUAUUCCGUUAUAUUCCGAUCCAUUCCAGUAUUUAUGCGGACUCGUUUUAUCAGUGUGGCACUGGAGCAUAUGCAAAAGUAAAGCUAAGGGCACAACCCGCCGCACGUGCAAUUUUUCCGUACGUUCUUUUGGACGGCCAAGUCCGCCACGUAUUUCUGAAAACGUUCAGGCUGUACAGGGCAGGCGCGUCGCCCAUACUGGCACGUGCGGGGGACGAAUCCGCAGCCCCGACG